AUGGAGCAUAACCCGUAUCUAAUCAAGAAUGAAAAUGUCGCCCCAUCCAGAAGCUCGUCGAUCCCUUCGUAUUACAAUAGGAAUUCCGAGAUGAAUCAGAUUAGGGAGGAGAUUGAAGCAAUCACCUCCCGAAAAAACUUCAAUCGAGACUCCGAUUCAAUGCAGGAAGUGAUUGAUAUCAUGACCCGUCAGAUCAAUAAAUGGGAACAACUGGAAGACGACUACGGACCGGAUGCGACUCGUCAGAGGAAUAUUGAGGCAUUCCAGAGGAAACGGGACUCGUGGGAAAAGAAAAAAGAGCAAGCGGAGAGAGCAUUUUAUGAGAGAAGAGACAGAAUGAAGAGGGAGAUGGAGUAUGAUAAUGGGUACAGUAGGAAUCAGAUCAGAAGGGAGAGAAGAAUGGAUGAUGACUCGGAUAGUGACGUGAUGGAAGAUGACCUGGAUACUCGAAAUUUCCGUCGACAACCUCUAGGCAACCUAGAUUAUUCCAGAAAAGAUAAUUGUGUGAGAGGGCGCGAAGCGAAGCCGAUGGCAUUGUUGAAUAGAGAUCGUUCCCGUUCUAGAUCUCCCCUCCUUCUCCCCCGUCAAGACCAUCCCUCAACUUCACUCCAACUCCGUCGUCCCAACAUUCCAUCGACCCCUCCCGUGAGAGUCCGUCCAGGCAAAAGUCGUGUCACCAAAUCGAAAACCCGCAAAUGGCGUCCUGGACAGAAGGCUCUUCUCGAAAUUCGAAAAUACCAAAAGUCCACCGACAUGCUCAUCCAAAAAGCUCCAUUCGCUCGUCUCGUCCAGGAAAUCCUUCGAGAAUCCACAAAUGAGAGUCACGAUUACCGUAUCCGUGCAGACGCUCUCAUGGCAUUACAAGAGGGUGCCGAGGCGUUUAUGGUGGAAAUGUUCGAGGGGUCCGUGUUGAUUUCGAAUCAUGCGAAACGGGUCACGUUGAUGCCCACUGAUGUUCAGCUGUAUAGACGUUUGUGUCUCAGAAAUUUGUCUUAA